UUUUACCCACAACUCUGUGCGCCGGAGGUGUGGUGUUCCAUGAUUAAAGAAGAUGGCGGACUCCUCAGUGGAAAUCGUAGAAGGGUGCCGUCUUCCCGUGCUGCGAAAAAAUCAAGAAAAUGAAGACGAGUGGCCGUUGGCUGAAAUUCUCAGUGUCAAAGACAUUCCUGGGAGAAAGCUCUACUAUGUCCACUAUAUUGACUUCAACAAGCGACUGGAUGAAUGGGUGACUCCAGACCGGUUGGACUUGAAGAAGCUCCAGUUUCCCAAAAAGGAGGCAAAGACCCCUACGAAGAACGGCCUGCCGGGGUCUCGCCCCAGUUCUCCAGAGAGAGAAGUGAGGAAGAGUCUAGAUCUCAACGUUCAGUCUGCUUCAGCUCCAUCAAGAGGCAAAACCCUCCCCACACCGAAGAGAAAAGCAGAAUCCGUGUCUUUGGCAACACAAGUUACUGCAGCGAUUCCAGUGCCUUCACUUCCUAGUUCUGCAGAGGCAAGUCAGGCCUCGGUCUAUCCAGCCAUGAGGGACUCGUCCUUCAGCAUUAAAUCCAGAGAAGAACAUGAGCCGCUCACCUCUCUCUCCACGAAUGGAACAACACGUCGUCUUAUUCCUUCUCAGCCUGGGAGAAAAAGGAAAAGUUGUGGAGGAACGGAUGAGAUAGUAAAGGUGUUCCAGAAUAACAACCCUCGCUGCUCCACCGUCUAUUUGCCACCAGGAGAGGAUUCGCAGGACAGUUCUGAUGGUAUCCCCUCUGCCCCUCGCAUGACUGGCAGUUUGGUGUCGGACCGCUCACAUGAUGACAUCGUCACGCGAAUGAAGAACAUAGACUGUAUUGAGCUGGGCCGGCACAGGCUAAAGCCGUGGUACUUUUCUCCAUACCCGCAGGAGCUCACCACCCUCCCCAUCCUCUACCUUUGUGAAUUUUGUCUGAAGUACCUCAAGAGCCUCAAGUGUCUUCAGAGGCAUCUGACAAAAUGCAACCUUCGACACCCUCCAGGAAAUGAGAUCUAUCGCAAAGGAACUAUAUCAUUUUUUGAAAUAGAUGGCAGGAAAAACAAGACAUAUUCCCAAAAUUUGUGUUUAUUGGCCAAAUGCUUCUUGGACCACAAGACCCUGUACUAUGACACGGAUCCUUUCCUCUUCUAUGUUAUGACCGAGUAUGACUCGAAGGGUUUCCAUAUAGUCGGCUACUUCUCCAAGGAAAAAGAAUCAACAGAAGACUAUAAUGUAGCCUGCAUUUUGACUUUACCACCUUACCAGAGAAGAGGCUAUGGCAAACUACUAAUCGAGUUUAGUUAUGAGCUCUCAAAAGUGGAAGGAAAGACAGGUACUCCAGAGAAGCCUCUUUCUGAUCUGGGUCUGCUCUCUUAUCGCUCUUACUGGUCUCAAACUAUUCUGGAGAUCCUCAUGAACCUCAAAUCAGAGAAUGGAGAACGGCCACAGAUCACCAUCAAUGAAAUCAGUGAGAUUACCAGUGUCAAGAAAGAGGAUGUGAUCUCAACUCUUCAAUACCUUAACCUCAUCAAUUAUUAUAAGGGUCAGUAUAUCCUCACCCUAUCAGAGGACAUAGUGGAAGGUCAUGAGCGGGCCAUGCAGAAGCGUCACCUCCGUAUCGACUCCAAAUGUUUGCAUUUCACUCCUAAAGACUGGAGUAAAAGGGGCAAGUGGUAAAGACUGGAGGAGGACUGCUAGCACCCACCAAUUUCGUUCAAGAGACUGUAGCUGGUCCACAAACAGACUUGACAAAACCAGUUUAAUAUUGUUAAAGAUUCCACUGUCCACAUCUGCAUGUUAUGUGACUGACGUUUACACAUUUUUAUACUCUGUGAGAUUCAUGUUAGUCUGUUAUUUGUCUGUAUGUGAGAAUGGAAAAUUGUAUUCGUUAGGUCCUCUUAGAUGCCUAUAUACACAGUUAUCUGUGCUCUAGUAAAGUGAUAUGACCUUGUUUAUUUUCAUUGACUUCCAUGAUACGAGUGACAGGAACCAUUGCUGACAGGAUGUAGGUUUUCCCAGCUAUGUGACACAGUUAAAAGAAACUGUAAAUAAGCAGCGAUUUUUCAAGAGCAACUACAAAUGGCAGUAAAGACACGUGAUCCAUCUCGUGUAUCAAGACUGAGAGUUUCAUCGUUCAUCAGUUGGUGUAUGUAGUUGAUUUAAUGUUCAAUCAAGGAUACUCGACAUAUACAAAAUUGCCAGCUUUUUUUGUAUAAGAAAUGGCUUCCCUCUUUUUUCACUUUUUAAUCAGAGUUUUUAAUCAGAGUACAUCAGACAGCCUUCCAGCCGGAAUGCUCUUUUAGAUCUAGCUAGCCCUCGACUUGCACAGUUUCUUUUUUUAUUAUGUUUUAUGCACGGAUUACAUUUUAAAUAAUCUUUUUCUCCAGAAAGUCUUCUUGGAGAAAGAAAACCAAUUUGAUUUGGAAAUCUGUUAAUGGCUUAAAUGUGAUUAGGCAACUAAUAAUGUUUUUUUUUUUUUUAAUGCUAAAGAAAAACAUUUUGGAGAAGAUCGGGUUAUUUAAAUGGAAUCUGUACAUACAUAAGAUAUAAAAAUGAAAAGCUAUUUGCUGGCUUAGCCAUUGUGGUUAUGGAUAUGUGGCCAAAACAGAGAUGUUUCCUAUAAACAACUGGCAAUUUGGUUGUGUCGAGUAGCUUUAAACUACUACAUUUGCUUACUCUCAACAACUCUGUCUUGCCAACACAUGAAAUUCGCUGCUUGUUUGCAUAAAGUUCAACUCUGGACAGGCCUACAUCCCGACGCCAAUGGCCACUGUGUCGCUGGAGGUCGGCAGCUCUUCAUUGAAAAUGAAUCCAGUCACACUUUAUUGCGUGUCAUUGGUGGAGUGAACUGGGCUGGAAUGGUGCUUUACAAUGUCAUUGUGUCUUUAUAUAAUAUACUACACUUAAAAUAAAUGUCUUUUCUACAUGGGUA